AUGACUGUAACCGAAUUCCCACCCCUUCUUUCAGAAGAAGAUUUGCAAAAAUAUAAAAUUCCAUUGAGAUGGAGAGACAGAUGUGCUGCAUACUAUGCACUUUACCAAAUAUGUCUUACAAGACAAUCAGCAAAUUCAUCCAUUGAAUGUAAAUUGGAUAAACAUGCAUGGGAAGAGUGUGAAAACUUAGACUUUAUCAGAAGAAAGAAGGAAUUAGCAGACCUUAAGGAGAACCUUAAAGAAAAUUAG